AUGAGGCUGCUGCGCCUGAUGUGCACUUGGGGCGUUGCACCAGGCCCGGACGGCGCCCCUGCAUGCUGGCGCGGCGUCAAGCACGUAUACGGCUGCCCCUCGACCUGCGUGCCUGCGCUGGCCGCGCUGUGCCCGGGGCUCGAGGCACUCAGCAUUUCCCUGCAGGACUCCAACGGCGUCCUGUUUCACGACGCGGCGGCCGCGCUGGCCAGCCUGACUGGCCUCACGUCCCUGCGCAUCGCCUUCAACAGAACAGAGGACCCGGCCUGCGGCAAGGGCGCGCAUCUCUCCUUCUGGCGGCGAGAGUCCGUUGCCGCGCUCAGGGCCCUGACGCGGCUGCGGUCGCUGGUGGUCUUCACGGGCGGCGCGUCGCUGGGUUUUCACUCAUGGGCGGACUGGGUCAAGGGGCUGACGGCUCUGACUGAGCUGCAGCUGGUCGGCUUGUUGCCAGCGGUCACCGCGCAACCGACUGGCCUGCGGCGCCUGGUGCUGGAAGGAGUGGGGGCCAUCGGGCUGAGCUCGCAGCUCACAGGCAUCGCCGCUGCGGGGCUGGCGCAGUUGACUCAGCUGCGCUGCACCUCUUGGUUUGACCGGGCUGGACAGCCGCUCCCCUUUGGACCUGCGCUCGCGGCCGUCGCUGGGCUGGUCGACCUGUCGCUGCCGGCGGCCCGCCUGGCGCAGGGUCACCUGGAGGCGCUGGCCUCGGCGGCGCCGCAGCUGACGCGCCUGGAAGCCGCCAGCAUCACCGCCUCUGAUGAGUGCACCGCCGAGUUCCCAAAACUGUGCACCCUGGCGGCGGCGUUUGGCCCAGGCUAUAAUUACAACCUUGGUUUGUUGGCGCCGCAGCUGCAGAGGCUGGAGCUGGCGCCGUCCAAGGUGGACGAGGAGGACAUAAUAACUUCUGCGGCAGGCACUCUACAGGAGCUGGCGAUGCGGGGCGCAUUCAAGGACUUUUGCCGCAACGGCCGCGACAGCUUCUCGUGGGUUGGCUGUGUGGACGCCACAACUUUCGAGAUCUCUGACCAGCUGGAUCUUGCCGCCCCUAUUGACAAGAAAACCAUGGUUAGGGAUGUCCUGCUCGAGCUCCUCAGCAAUCUAGGCGGUCUCGGGUUCAUGGCCCAGCUGUCCUUGACGGUGGCCCACCAGCCCGACGCGGCUCUUUCUCUGGUCGCAGCUGCAGGCACGUUCUCAGGGCUGCAACGGCUGCGGCUGCGCUAUGUCGCCAGCCUGGUGCCGCUCGACCGCGUGGUGGGCCUGCUGCUCUACUUCCGGGGCCUCGAGGAACUCGAGUUGGAGGAGGGCCCCACCAGCUCCAUGUGUGAUGAGUCCUUCGACGACUCGUGCCUCGACCUGCUGGAGGCGGGGCGGCCCAAGAGCCUGACCAAGGUCACACUGACAGACACCUGGUGUGUGACGCGGGAGUGCGUGGACGCCGUGCAGCGCCGCGCGGCUGCGCGUGGGUGGCCGCUGGAGGUGGUGCUGGACUGCAGCGACGCGGAGCUGCUGGGGGCCAGGGGCUCCCCGCGCUGA